UAAUGACUCAACGGAAAUGUAUCUCGUCACGUAUAUCGUUCUUGCAUAUUUCGGCCGAAAAAAACAAUAAUUUAACAAUCUUGAGCUUUUUUUUACCAAAUCAUAAACCAACAGAAAGUUAUCGAACAGAUUAUUCACAUUAAAUGGGCCCGUAUGCUGUAUAAACAAAGUGUCACACAAAUGUAUCGUUGUAAAAUAUAAAUAUUCAUAGUAGGGGCACCAAUUCUGACGUCAUUAGCUGGUGCAUGGCGGUCGUUUUUGUGCAUGUUGGACAAAAGUUCUGAUAAAACAUGGAAGGAGAAAGUAGUAGCCAUGAGGAGAUAGGUGAACUUGAAGACCAAGGCACCAAUGAGACAUAUCAGCAUGACCCAGAGGAGGACCUAUCAGCUACUGGCCUUGAUAGUGCAGAGGGUACAUCUGGGGGAGACAUGAUGGGAAUACAUGGCCUCCUUCUACAGGCUCAACAGAAUGCCUCUGUUGACCAAGAGAAUGAUGCCAAUGUUAUGGGAGAGCACCCUGCAGGAGUAGACUCCACCCAGGACCAAUUGCAGCUGGAGAGCAUGGCUAAUCAAUCUGUUCAUACAGUCACUUUGGAAGAUGGCAGCACUGCCUACAUUCAACACAACAAAGGAGAUGAGAAGGUUGCUGAAGGACAGACCAUACAGUUGGCAGAUGGCUCAACUGCAGUGGUACAAAAGGUUGCAGAAACAGCAGCAGAGGUAGACCCUGAACCUGAAGCUGAGCCAGAUGGUACCAAGUUCAUUGAUGGUCAAGCUGUGCAGCUAGAGGAUGGCACCACGGUUUAUAUACACAGUACACCUAAAGCUGGGCUCCAGGCUGUUCAACUGGAAGAUGGAACAACAGCCUACAUUUCUCAGACUCCCCCUGAUCAACUGCUGCCAGAGCCUACCCAGGUAAACAACACUGUAGAUCAGAACACUGUUACCUUGGAGAUUACACCUGAUGGACAAUUUAAAACACAAGACACAAAUGGUACUGUUAAGAAGUUUGUCUCUAAGGAGGAAGCAGACCUGGCCUUGGCAAGGCAACAGUACAGUGAGCGAGCCAUUGUCAUGACAGAGAAGGUGUUCAAGUGUGACUUUCCUCAGUGUGGCAAAAUGUACACUACUUCACAUCAUCUCAAGGUUCAUGAGAGAAACCAUACUGGACAGAAGCCCUUCAAGUGCCAGUGUGGGAAGACAUUUGCAACAGGCUAUGGUCUAAAGAGUCACACUAGGAUACAUACUGGAGAAAAGCCCUACAAGUGCCCAGAUGAACACUGCAAUAAAUGCUUCAAAACAUCGGGUGAUAUGCAAAAGCAUGUACGCACCCAUACUGGCGAACGGCCAUUCAAAUGUCCAUUUGAGGGUUGCCAUAGAGCUUUCACUACGUCCAACAUUCGCAAAGUCCAUAUAAGGACACAUACUGGAGAGCGUCCAUAUAUAUGUGAGGAGGAAGGCUGUGGUCGGGCAUUUGCAAGUGCCACUAACUAUAAAAAUCAUGUCCGAAUACAUACAGGAGAAAAGCCUUAUGUAUGCACUGUGCAGGGAUGUGGCAAGAGAUUUACAGAAUAUUCCAGCCUCUAUAAACACCAUGUUGUACACACCCACACGAAACCUUACAUUUGCAACCAUUGUGGUAAAAACUACCGCCAGACAUCAACAUUAGCUAUGCAUAAGCGCACUGCACAUAAUGAUGACACGGGUGUUGAAGAAGCAACAGGAGUUCAGAUAUAUCCACCCACUAAUCACCAGAUUACAAUAGGAGGCCUAAAUGAUGGCAGCCAGGGCCCAGCAGCCAAAAAACAGAAGCUGGAUUUCCAGGGGUCUUCAGAGGGAGGCACAGGGCCAGGGGAGGAGGGAGAUGGUAACCUUGUCAUCAACACCUCUGAGUCAGGGGCUCAACAAAUCCAAAUGGUAGGUAACAAUCCUGUGCUCUCAGGAGCUGGUGGGUCUCAGACCAUGGUGAUCCAGGCCAACAGCACACAGCUUCAGCCCCUCAUGCAGCAAAUGGUCAACCUGGGUGGAGACCAGCAGAUAUUUGUUGUCACAGAUCCUGCUCAAAUACAAGCCUUACAGAGUAUGUCUGUUCCUGUGUCAGUGUCCACCCAAAUUGCCAGUGAGAGUAGUGCCACUGACAGCCACAACAAACACCCUGCUGUCAUAGCAACAGCUGCAGAAUCUAUGUCAACUGGAACAAUCUCUGUGGCGGACAAUGAACAAACUAUAGUAUAUACAGACUAGCAAUAAUCUUUACAGUGAAUAGUAAAGCUGGAUACAUUGUACAUAGAGAGUAUAGAAUGCACAUAUUUCUAGGCAAUAUGGCUGUGAUUUUGAAAAUUAAAAAAUGGUUUGUGAAAAAGACCAUGUAGUGUAUCGCAAACUUAUUGCAUUGCUAUACAAUUCCCCUUUCAUUAGUUACUGGCAUAGUGCAGGAGAAACUUUUCAUAUGGUUAAAAUGAGAAAAACAAGAUCUUCUUUUUCUAAAUGAGGAGAACAUUUUUGAAAAACUGAGGAGAUUGGAUACUAAUCCAUUAUCUAUUGGUAUAAUUCAAAUGUAAUUUUUUUUAUCUUUGGUGCUUAUGUUGGAGAUUACAUAUUUUUUAUUGUAAAUCAGGAAUGUGUCAUCUAACAAUACUUCCAGUCAAAAAUAAAACUGUCAAAAAUUGUUUGUGAUACACUACGUGGUGGACUUAGGAGAGGUAUCCAAAGUUCAAUGUCCGAUAGGAAACUAAAUAAAUCUAGCUUUGAGUUUGAUGAAGAAAGUAUCAGGUCAAAUCUUUAUUUUUAAACCAUUCCAAGGUAUUCCGAGUCAAAAUUUCAAAAGUUUGAAAUUUGUCCAGAUAGCCCCCUAACUUGAUUUAUUUAGUUUCCUAUUAGACAUUGAACUUUUGAUGCCUCCCCUUAGCUCUAUGAAUAAGGCAAGAAAUUUUUGCAAGAUUAUAUUCCAUCUUCA